AAUGAAAUGACGCGACUGCUGCCUGCUGACAUUCGUGUAGUUGAUCUGUCGCCUAAUAGUGUGUGUUGCUGUUGUCAAAUUAAAGCGCUAAUUUUUGCAGAAUAAACUAAGCAAUAACUAAAUUCAUAUUGCAAAAAAAGUAUUUAAGCGUAAAACCAAUUCUCAAGUUAUUUGCGAAAGAAAAUAUAGUUGUUAAUGUAAAAUUGUUUGCUUACAAUUUUAUUAACAAGUCACCCAAAACGUGUUCGCAACAAAGAAACUUUGGAAGAAGAAGCAGAUGGAAAAGCAUUAAUCGACAGACGGUCGUCAAAGCGGUGAAAAUAACAGACAAAGUAAAUCAAUACAACGUUUACGAAAAAUAAUUUUUAAAAGAAAUAAUUCAGUUUCCAUUUUAAACAAAGACACUGCGCUACUUAGAAGAAAAAGGAAAGGAACCAAGUACGAGUAUAUGUUGAAGCUUCAUUGAGCACACAUCUAUCUAUUAUUGCAUCUGCAGGAUAAGGUUACAGUUAAAAAUAAUUGAGAAACAUAUAGAAAAAAACGCUGUAAGCAAAAAGGUCAAUUACUAUUUAUUAAGAAAAGACGGUUUAGAUAAUUAAAAGGAACACGUAACACGAAAUCAAUCGGCGUUUAUAGACAAAAAAUGUCCAUCAAUAUUAAUAACAUUGUUACUGAACGAGUAGAACGUAAUAAUUCUUCCUCAUCCCUAUGUGCAUUGAGUAGUAGUGGCCAUAGUAAAAAUAACAGUGGGGUGUUUACAAUUGCAAAUAAUGGCGGAACAAGCGGAAGUGGCAAUGGUGGCCUAAAUGCCAGUGGUACCAGCAGUUUCAACGGUGUUGUUAUUAGCGAGGUUGCCGACGAAACAAAUCUCAAGUUUAGUUGCAAAUAUAAGACCAGCUGUACUUUGCUAUGCAUUUACGACCCACAAGGUGUUCUUUUAAAAAUCACCCCAGAUAACGACUCUUCGAACGUACUUAAAGAGUACUUGCUUGCAUAUGAUACCGAGUCCUCACAAAUAGGACGACAAACGUAUGCACUUUCUCUGGAUAAUGAUAAUUUGCUUUUACGCUUUUCAUCCGCAUAUGAACAGCAACGUUUUCGAAAACUAGUGGAUAGUGUAAAACAUCUCCGACCAAAAUCAGUAUUUUCACAACGAACUGAAGAGUCUUCCGCUUCACAGUAUUUCCAAUUUUAUGGAUAUUUAUCGCAGCAACAGAAUAUGAUGCAAGAUUAUGUUCGCACCAGCACAUACCAACGUGCCAUCCUUGGCAAUUCUAUUGAUUUUCAUAACAAGAUAGUUUUGGAUGUGGGUGCUGGUUCAGGGAUUUUAUCGUUUUUUGCUGUACAGGCGGGCGCGGCUAAAGUGUAUGCCAUUGAAGCCUCUAAUAUGGCACAGUAUGCACAGCAAUUAGUUGAUUCUAAUAACGUGCAGGAUAAGAUAUUUGUGAUGCCUGGUAAAAUAGAAGAAAUUGAUAUACCUGAAAUGGUAGACGUAAUUAUAUCAGAACCUAUGGGGUACAUGCUCUAUAAUGAGCGAAUGCUUGAAACAUAUUUGCACGCUAGAAAAUGGUUGAAACCAAGCGGAAAAAUGUUUCCCACACAUGGAGAUUUGCACAUUGCACCAUUUUCAGACGAAUCGCUCUACUCAGAGCAGUACAAUAAAGCAAACUUUUGGUACCAGUCCGCUUUCCAUGGUGUCGAUUUGACUACACUGCAUAAAGAAGGAAUGAAGGAGUAUUUCCGGCAGCCAAUUGUCGAUACAUUCGACAUACGUAUUUGUAUGGCGAAAUCCGUACGACAUGUUUGUGAUUUCCUUCGGGAUAAUGAAAACGAUUUACAUAACAUAGAUAUACCUCUCCAGUUUCAUAUAUUACAAACCGGCAUAUGCCAUGGACUCGCUUUUUGGUUUGAUGUUGAGUUUUGCGGUUCUAACCAGCAAGUGUGGCUUUCCACAUCGCCCACAGCACCAUUAACUCAUUGGUACCAAGUGCGCUGCCUCUUGCCAAUGCCGAUAUUCAUUAAACAAGGACAGAUUUUGACUGGUCGCGUACUGCUCGAAGCCAAUCGGCGUCAAUCGUACGAUGUUACGAUUGAUUUGCAUAUUGAAGGAACGCUAAUAUCCUCAAGUAACACACUGGACUUGAAAAAUCCUUACUUUAGAUACACGGGAGCACCAGUGCAAGCACCGCCUGGCACAAGCACACAGAGCCCCUCUGAACAAUACUGGUCGCAACUGGAUGCACCGCAGGGAACGCGUAAUGUAAGUAAUUUAGCAAACGGCAUAACUGUUAAUGGACUUGCGGAAACUUCAAUGGACAUUUCACAUACGCUUAUGAAUCCUCACAAUUAAAACAUGCAACAUUGCAAAAUCGCAUAAAACAACGAAAACCUACUCAAUACUACAAUCGAUGCGAUGUUGGCAACGUAACCAGCCACAAAUAAUAUUACGUCAAGGUGAAAUCGUUUACAACCAAUAUUUAUUUUAAUUCUAAUUUUUCCCACAUAUAACGCGCGUUUGGAUUCGGUUACACACAAAUACAAACAACAAAAAAAUUUUAGAAUGUAGACGAAUAUAUAUAUAUUUUUAAAUAAUUGUUAUUUUGUGAUGUAUUUGACAGGAUGUUUAUGUAAGAAGGGAAUUUAUUUAAGCUCGAAAUGUUUUUUUUUUAUUUUUUGUAAAUUUGUUCAAACGAUUAUAAAGAAACAUAUAUAUUAUACACACACAUAUAUACAAGCAACUCAUAUACACGUAUAUUUUAAGUGCAAACUGCUAACAGACGUAAAUGAAGUAUAUACAUACGUAUGUAUGUCUAGUUAUAGACAGACAUUUUGGAGUGAAUGGCAAUGUAAGCUAAACUUUAAGGAACAAUCAUGGCAGACUAACAAUAUAUAGAUGUUGUGUUUCUUUAGUAGUAGACAUACAGUAAAUAAAACGUAUUGCAUAAUAAUAAAAAAGAUAAAUGCGGUAGUUUAAGUGCGACAAACGGUUUAGCGCGUAUAUAUUCUUGUAGCUAUGCAAUUUGUAAAGUUAAAUGUUUCUCCAAAUAAUAGCUCUAAUUGUGGCAAACCUUUGAAAGUUAAAUAAAAUUUCAAAUGAAACAUGCGUUGUGAAAAUUUGAAAAUUAAUUUCACUUAUCGCUUUAGAGAGCAUGUCAAGUCGAUCUGCAAUGCAUGGUUUUGCGUUUUCUAUUAGACCUUUAUACAAAUUAUAUUUGUUUGCAUUUCUACUAUCACCAAUUGACAUGCGUUUAUUUUUAUAUUACGCACAACGCAUCGUGCAACUUGUUUAAAUGCUUGAAUUUUGCGUUAGCCCUAAAAGCAAGCGAUUUUCGUGCUAGUUUCUGCAUUUAUCGGUAAACCUCAAUUGGAUAUUAUGCGUACACCCUUUUCAUGUAGACGGUAGUACAUAGUUCCUAGUUGUAAGCAAUGUAAGCAUCUACCAUAUAU